AUGAAUCUGAAUUACGAAUACAUUACUGCUCAUAUCAGCGAUUAUAUUCAAAAUGAAAACUUCUUUGAUACAUUCGACAUCCAGGAUAUCAAAAAAAUCAUGAAUUAUUCACGUAUGACAGCUGAUCAGUACGUUACUCUUCUCAAACAAUCAUCUUCAGCUCUCAAGGCCAAAGAAUUAUAUAUGUGUACACGAAAGUCAAAUGUUACUGUCCAAAAUUUCGAAGAAAUUGUUUCAAUCCUGAAAUGUAUCAAAAAAUACAUGAAAUUCAAUACAUUUGAUGGGAUCAUUGAUAUUUUAAGUCAAAAGGAGAAAGAAAUAAGCGAUUCCACACAGGAAAUUAAACAACUUCAAGAUAAAUUAAAAGCAUUUCAAAACCAAAGUCAAAAUUCGGCCAAAGAAACGACUAUUAAUCAAACUAAUGAAAAUAACAAUCAAUCAAGAGGUAUUAUAACUCAAAUUGCAGAACUUAAACAAUCUAAUGAUUUUGAAAUCGUUUACAAAUUUCUUGAUGAACUUUCUGAGAAAGGAAAUCAUGAAAUGAUGUCAAAAUCAUGCAAAGAAGGACUUUGGGAAAAAUUGACUCCUAAAAAAUCAAUAUGA